AUGCACGAGUUCCCCGAAGAGCCCGUGCCGCUUAUCACGUUUAGCGAAGAUGAAGAGCAGCUCAAGAUCAAUGAAGAAUCUGUAGAGCUUCUACGUCGUAUCGAUGGCCAUAUAGCGGUUGUGGCUAUGGCUGGUCUCUAUCGUACAGGCAAAAGCUCCAUGCUUAAUUGGUUGCUAGACAGACAGAGCGGAUUUCGUGUGGGACCCACUAUUGAGCGCUGUACACGUGGUAUUUGGCUCUGGGGUCAUCCACAGAAACGAACGAUGGCUAAUGGAAAAGAUGUUUGGGUGCUUAUGCUAGACACGGAGGGCAUGGGCGGUCUUGAGGCUUCACAGCAGUACGACGCACGUAUUUUCUCAUUGGCUACGUUACUGUGCUCCAAACUUAUUUUCAAUAGCCAAGGGAGUGUGGAUGAAAAAGCCAUUGGUGGAUUGAGCUUUAUUGCCAACUUGGCGAAGCAUAUUAAGUUUAGUGCUUCGGUGGAUGAGAAAGAAGACGAAGACGUGAUGCAGUUCCACAAUUUCUUCCCGUCUUUCUUGUGGGUGGUGAGAGAUUUUACAUUGGAGCUGGUUGAUGAAGAUGGCGACGAGAUCUCGAGUAGUGACUAUCUAGAGCGAGCACUGGCAGACCAGCCACGCACUCCAGCCAAUAUGGAGCGCAACCGGAUCCGCGCUAUGAUGAAAGAUUUUUUUCGUGAACGCGACUGCGUCACACUGGUUCGUCCUGUGCACGACGAGACGAAAUUGCAGCAGGUGGACGCGAUGCCGAUUGAAGAGCUUCGUUCAGAGUUUCAGCAGCAGCUCAGUGACGUUAAGCGGAUCGUGUAUGGCGACAGUUUACAGCCCAAGAUGCUGCAGGGCAAGCCUUUGAAUGGCAGCAUGUUCGCCGGCUUGUUGCAAGCCUACGUAGCUGCAAUUAAUAGUGGUGGUGUUCCCGUUAUUACGUCUGCGUGGGAAGGAGUGACUGCGAGUGAGUGCCGCAAGGCGAUGGCCAUCGCUUCUGAAGCGUUUAAGAAGAGGCUCAGCUCUCUGGACCUGCCUCUUGACGACGAAGACCUAAUGGAAGCAAUCCAGGAUGCCGAAGAGCAAGCUGUGGCACACUACCGUGCUGCUGCGCUCGGAGAUAGUGCGUCGAAUCUGGAGGUUGAUCUACGCAAGCGUAUGGAAGACGACAAGGCUGCUUGUGCACGCAACAAUGUAGCCCAGAGCAAAGAGAUGUGCGAACGCUUGCUCCAGGUGCUUUAUGCCGAACAGAUUCAGCCAAAGCUGACCUCUGCCAACGACAACGACUCGGGCGGCUUUGCUGACAUGCAACAGUUCUCGCGCGAGUGGUUGGCAUUCCGUGACGCUUACUUGAAAAAGGCUCGUGGCGGUGCUAAACUUGAGUGUUUGUUGACCUUCUCCGAGGCCAAGUACGCCGAGGCCAUGCGAAUUCUCUUGAGCCGACAGGAAGAAGGUUACGAGAAGAAAAUUAGAACACUCCAAGGCGAUGUAUCGAAGGUAAAGGAGGAACUGGGCAGCGUUGGUGGCCGAGAGCAGAUUUACAAGGAACAGAUCGAGCAGAUGCAGGUACAGUCGUCGCAGAUAUUGUCUGAAAAGGCACGUUUUGAGGCCGAGGCUGAGGCUCAACGUGAACGUAUCGCUGACCUAGAGAGCAUGCUGCAAGACGAGGCCGCGACGAAGCAGCACGUAGAGAUCGAGCGCGAAUCAACUGGUCUAAAACUCACGAGUGAGACGCAAAAGCGCGAGGAAAUCGACAGUGAGCUAGCGCGCAUGAAAUCGGAGUACGACCGCAUAGUUCAGGAGAAGGAGCGUCAGGAGAUGGAGCUCAAUUUAUUAAGCGAAGAGUGCCAACAGCUGCGCAAGGGCCAGACUUGCGGCUGUGUCAUCUCCUAA